AUGUUUCAAAAUCUCUCCUCUUUCGUGGACUCGGUCAACAAGAAGCAUGAAAGAAAUCAAUUGAACCGUCUUCGAGAACGAACAAAAUAUUUAAAUGAUGAAGAUGAUACUAUUAUGGAUGAUUUAAUUUCUUCUCCAACACAAAGAAAACUGCUCGAUUAUGAAAUUCGGAAAGAAGGAGCUUUUAUCCUUUCCUCCCAUAGACGUGUGGUGAAUCAUAUCUUGAUCUUCUUGAUGGAUUUUUCUAUUUACAAUGACGCAGAAACGAACCAUGAUCAUGGAAAAAAGAAAAAGAAGAAGAGCAAGAAAACUCAACAUAUUAUCUCCGAUGAUUUGAUGAAUUUAAUAUUGGUGAACAAAUUAUGGUCUGAAUUGGUUCAUGCACACUAUUGGAUGAAUGAGUCGUUUCGAUCUUCUUGCUCACCAGGUCCCAUCAAUGAUUCAAAAUUACAUUCUCAAUCUUCGUUGUUUUUUGGAAAAACUCCACUACUUUCUGUUCCCAGUCAUCUAUUGAAAAUUCCAUUUCAGUUUCAUUCAAUUUCAGGUGUCAAUCAAACAAAAAUUGUUCUCAAAUUAGACACUCAAAUACCCAUUUACAUUUCAUUUUACAAAAUUUUUUUCGAAAUUUUUGUAUAUCUCCGGGAGUUGAAUGAUCUUAGCAGAAUAUUAAAAGAAAGAAAGGCAACAGACUCAAGCAAUGAAUAUAGAAUAGAUCCUGCUAUUACAGAGCUCAUUCAACACUCGACUGAGAGAAUGAAAAUGAUACUAUUAUUUAAUCAUCAUCAUGAUUAUCAAUUUUUCCUUUACACAUUGAAGGAUCAUUUUGCACAACACGGGUUUUGUACUCUGUUUUGUCAUGGUGGAACUUUUAGUUGUUGUGUUUUUGAAAAGAGUAGAAAAUUGGAUCAGAUGGUUCCCUCCUCUCUUCACAAGACAUUUCACAAAUACGUGACUCGAAAAAAGCAAGGAAAACGACAAGUCUCAAAGGAUCAAAAUAAGCGUUGCAAAUCUGUUGGUAGUGAAAUUCGAAGAAUUCAAGAAGAGCACUUUAAACUUAAAUCACGAAAAUAUCUUGUCAUGUGGAGUGAUGUCUUGGGAAAACGCGAGACUAUUAUCUUCCUGAAUGCUCCUGGACCCUACAAUGAAUAUACAUUGUUCAAUAGAAAGAAGGAAGCAGGAACACGAAGCGUGACGAGCAGUACAAGUGGUGGAGGUGGUGGUGAAAAUAGUGAUCUCGAUGAUGAAACCAAGGCAGUUCAAAGUAAGGAAAACAAAUAUGCUGACUAUAUCGAUAAGAAAUAUGUGUGUCCUUUCACAAAGAGUCAAUGUUUUACAAUGCCAGGUGUGAAAGCUAUUAACACUUCAAAUCCCAAUCACACUUCAAAUCUAGAGGCCAAUGACGAAUUGCUAUCCAUUUAUUUUCAUGAUGAGGAGGGUCUUCAAUCUCUUCUAACGAAUUCCAGACUCUCUCCACAGCAGGGAGGAACUCCAAAUUUUGAGUCUGAUGAAGAUGCACAUGAAGAAGGAAUGGAUGACGUAUUGUCCAACGAUGACACUGAUGAUGUCUGA